AUAAACUUAACAGGUGGCAAUAUUUUCUUCUGCGUGUUCUUCUAAAAUGUGUUGUUUCAAUAGAAACACCUGUUCUACAUUGAAAAGACACGAUUCGCAAUUGAGCCAUUUGACAUUUUUAUCUGGAUGAAUAGCAGCUAAAUGAUGCUUUAAAUUGCCAUGAAUCUGUCUCAUAUAGUUGCAGUGUUGGCAUUUGAGCCACUCGAUGCUCAUGUCCCGCACUACCAGAAAGAGGAAUUGUCGACAACUGAAAAAUGUCUCGUAGUUUGUAUUUGAAAUGUUUAUGUUUGAUAAAUUAACCACACACUCGCUGUCAUGUCGUGUCAAAACAACGAGUGAAUACGUUUUAAAAGUACAUUUUGUGCAGUAAUAAACUUGAGAUUUGUUGGGUGGUGGUUUGUAGCACUGAUGUUUCUUCAAUUCGAUGAUUAAAUCUGUUUGAUAUUUGCAUUUAGCGCACUUGUAAUCAGGUAUGGGUUUGAAGCACUCAAAUGGGACACUUAGGUGACACGAAAGACAACUUUUUAUGUCUCCCACAUUUGAGGCUUUUUGUUCGGUUUCAACAAGAGGGUCACAAGACGUCAUUUAUUUAAUGACAGCCUCUAAAAAAUUAUAUUCGACACAUUUUUUUGUGUUAGAAAAUUAUCAAAACAAAGUCAUUAUUUUGACAGUGUGACAUUUGACAAAUGUCACAAGGAGUGCGUUCAAAUAUUUUUUGUUUUUGUUGCUAAAAUGAAAUAAAUAAUAAAAAAUAUAAUAAAUUAAUCCAAUUUCAUGUGAGACAUAUAAGUUGUGUUACUUUAUGAUGUCGAAAAAAAAUUAAAAAUACUCAAAUUCUAUCUCAACUGACAAUUACGUAACCUCAAAUUUGAUAAUAGUAAACCAAAAGAUAAAAGGCGUAAAAUCUGACGCAAGUUAGUUUUUCCACUUCAUUCAAGGUUGAUGCAUCGUGAAAAUGUUGGCGAAAACUGGUCUUUUAAUUGUUUCAAAUCCAACACAAAUCGGUAAAAUUUUGCCUUCGAUUCAAAAACGUGUACAAAAUACACUCUACAUUCAAUUACUGUCGGCUUUGACUGAACCUUUUGGUAAUUUUUACACAAACGUGUUUACUUCAUGGCCAAAGUAUAGUAAGACACUUUAUGGAAUUUAUUCCCAGGCUGCUACACAUUGCCAAAACCUCGACGUUCGUGUCCUUUUGUCUGGUUUGAAAUAUCAAACAGUGAAACAAAUCCAAACCAAAUCCAAUAUAGAUUUAAUAAUUUUUGAUAGAAUUCACAGUAAAACUGACAUUGAUAAUUUUAUUAAAACGAAAGUUGCUAACAUUGCCUCCGAAUAUAAUGUUGUGACUUUAGAUUCCGGAAAUUUGGAAAAUUUCAGUUGUGAUGAUGAUAACAAGAUUUAUAAUCACACUGUUGUCGGGGGCACCUUUGAUAGACUUCACACAGCCCACAAGUUGCUUUUGACUGAAGCAGUAUUAAGGAGCAGAUUUAAAGUAACUGUGGGAGUUACUGAAGAAUCCAUGUUUCCUGGUAAAAUACUAUGGGAACUCAUUGAAAAUCUAAACGUACGAAUCCAAAACGUCGAGAAUUUCUUAACAGACAUUUGCGCCGAGUUAGAGUAUCACGUGGUGCCAAUUUCGGAUCCUUUUGGUCCUUCAAUCACGGAUCCGACGAUGGAAAUGAUUGUCGUUAGUGAAGAAACUGUAAAAGGCGGCCAAAAAAUCAACGAAAUACGUUUAAAAAAACAAAUGAAAACACUUGAUGUUCAUUCUGUGAAAUUAAUCGACGAACCUUAUCCGAAUUCACACGAAGAAUUGAAGAUAAGUUCUAGUACUUGUCGUAUCCGCCUUUUGGGCACUCUUCUACGACCUGUAAUCAAAAAAAAUAUUCCAAAUCGGCCUUACGUUAUCGGAUUGACAGGCGGUGUUGCCAGUGGUAAAUCCGGUGUUGCCAAUUGGUUGAAACACCACGAAGCUGAAAUAAUCAACUGCGAUUUAAUUGGUCAUGAUGCGUACAAAUCUGGUAGACCAUGUCAUGAGAAAAUCGUCAAUUGUUUCGGUGAUUCGGUAUUGACGUCUGAAGGCGAAAUCGACCGAAAGGUUUUAGGGUCUAUUGUUUUUUCCGAUUCGGAGGCUUUGAGGAAAUUGAACGGUUUAGUGUGGCCAGCAAUCGCCGAUGAGGUUCAAAAAAUGAUCAAAAACAGCAAAAAUCGGGUUGUGGUUGUAGAAGCUGCUGUUCUUUUAACGGCGGGUUGGCAAAGAUUUUGUCACGAAAUUUGGUGUACUUUGGUGCCUCGUGAUGAGGCUGUCAAACGGCUAAUUGCAAGGAAUAAAUUGACAGAAGAACAGGCGAUUGCACGGAUUGACAGUCAACCGAGUAAUAAAGCGUAUGUCGAGGAGGCCAAUGUCGUGUUGUGUCCCUUAUGGGACGUGGAAUUUACAGGGAAACAGGUCAAGAAAGCAUGGGAUCUGUUGCAGGAAAGAUUGUGAUUUUUUUUGUUAUUGAAUAAUUGAAUUUAUGUAAGAAUCAAGUGUUGGGAAUAUUUUAUUAAAAAAAUCAGUCAUU